AUGCGAACAAAGCUGAACAAAAGCAAAGCGAAGAUGAACAGAAAGGGACAAGAAGUUGAGAAACGGAGGAACAAGAGCAAGGACAGAAGACGGAACAGACCAGAACAAGAAGGGAGUGGGAACAGAGACGAACAGUCAGAACGAGUGAAGACAGGAGACAGAAGACGGAGACAGUCAGAAACAAAGUCGAAGAACAGAUUUCAGAAGACAAAAUUAAAACCGUUUUCGUUCGGAAGGCAAGACGAAGAAGCAGAAGACAAGGGUGAAACGGAAGGAACAGACAAGACAAGAAGAACAGGUUUCGAGACAAGAGAACAGAACAGUCAGAACAAAGUGAAGGAACAGACAGACGAACAGAAGAAGAACAGAACAGAACAGUCGACAAGUCGAAGACUCGUCGUUUCGAAGGAUGAAAGUCGACAGACAGGUUUCAAAACAGAAACAGGACAGAACAGAAGGAGUGGAACAGAAGACAGGAAGACAGGCCGAAACAGGACAGACGAACCAGAAGGAACAGAGGAUUAA